UUCUGACAGGACUGUGUGAACCCAGUGUGCAUUGCGCGAACUAGCAAACAUAUAAAUGGAUGAAAUGAAUGAAAGCAGAUGAUUAACUGAGGCUAUGUCAUGGCGUUUCCUGAGCCCAGACCUCAGGUUCCUCAGCUUCCUCAGCAUCUGCUCAGGACCAUCGACUGUCAGCAGGGAGCUGUCAGGGCUGUUCGCUUCAACGCUGAUGGGAACUACCUGCUGUCUUGUGGCAGUGACAAGUCUCUGAAGCUGUGGAGUGUGAGCAGAGGGACCCUGCUGAAGUCCUACAGCGGCCAUGGUUACGAGGUUCUGGACGCUGAUGGCUCAUAUGACAACAGCCUAAUUUGCACCUGCAGCUCAGACAAGACGGUGAUCCUGUGGGACGUCGCCACGGGACAGGUCACACGCAAAUUCAGAGGUCAUGCCGGGAAAGUCAACUGUGUCCAGUUUAACGAGGAGGCAACUGUAAUCUUGUCUGGCGCCAUAGAUGGGACAGUUAGGUGCUGGGACACCAGGUCCAGAAGAUUUGAACCUAUCCAGGUUUUGGACGAGGCCAAGGACGGCGUCAGCAGCCUGAAAGUGGUGCAACACGAGCUGCUCACAGGAUCUGUCGACGGCAGAGUGAGGCGCUACGACCUGAGGAUGGGUCAGCUGCAUGUGGACUUCAUCAACAGUCCCAUCACGUGCGUUUGUUUCAGUCAAGACGGUCAGUGCACGCUGAGCUCCAGUUUGGAUUCAACAGUCCGACUACUGGAUAAGAGCACAGGGGAAAUGUUAGGAGAGUUUACAGGACAUAAGAUGAAGGGCUACAAGCUGGACUGCUGUCUGUCCAGUAAAGACACACAUGUCCUGAGCUGCUCUGAGGACGGACACGUCUACUGCUGGGACCUGGUGGAGGGCUCUUUGUCCUUGAAGCUGCCCGUGGGAAAAGCUGUGGUCCAGUCGCUGUCCUUCCACCCCACAGAGACGUGCCUCCUCACCGCAAUGGAGGGGCGUGUCCAGGUGUGGGGGGUGGAGCCUGAGGAGGACGUGAUGGCCACAUAGAGUCGGUGGAGUUUCUGUUUUGGUUUUUGUUGUAAUUCCAGUAGAACCUCACGGUGACAAAAAAAACUCCCACUUCUAGAUUUUUGAAAAGCAAGUUCUUACAAAACAAUGACGAUUUUUGUGUGAGAAACAUUCUUAUUUUUUUAUUAAAAAACCUUGAUUAUAAACAUUUUCAAAAUUUUGU